GCCAGCUGCGCUUCAGCGACCUGGACUCGGCCGACCACCAACUGCUGGUGACGGUCACCGCCGGCCCGGAAGAGGGUCGCCUGGUCAGCCUGCUCACCAACCAGACCGUCACCAACUUCACGCAAGGCCAGCUGCAGCGGCAGGAGCUGGCGUACCUGCUGGCGGAGGACGCCAACGCCACCACGUCACGUGACAGCUUCGUCUACAGCGUGCGAGACCCAGCCGGAAACAACGUACGUGGCCUGACCUUCAGCCUGACCUGGUCGUGGGUGUCCCUCGGCGCCGCCCACUACCGCGUCAACGAGACGGCGGCGCACCUGGAAGUUCAGCUGAAUCGCACCGGAUACCUCGGGGAGACUUCGUUCGUCUCGGUGGUCGUCGAGAACGGUACGGCUGGUGUGGGCGCCGACUGCAGCGCCACCUACGCUGACCAGGUGCAGUUCUCGCCCGGCCAGAGCCGCGCCACCUGGCGGCUGCGGCUGCGGGAUGACGCGCGCUUCGAGGGCGCCGAGACUCUACGGCUGCACCUGGAGCGGCCGGUGGAGGCGCUGGUGGCGCCGCCGGCCGCCGCCGAGGUGGUCAUCGUGGACCCGGAGGACGAGUCGGUGGUGUUCUUCCCGGUGCCGGAGUACCGCGUGGAGGAGAGCGUCGGCCUGCUGGAGGUGAUGGUGGAGCGGUCCGGAGACCUCAGUCAGGAGCUCACCGUCCUCUGCCUCACCAAGAAUGACACGGCGCGUGGUACGCCGGACGGUGCCGUGCUGUCGCUCUCCGAUUACGUCUCUCGGCGGCCGGGGGAGGCGGCCAGCCGGCUGCGUCUCGAGCCCGGCCAGAGCGCCGCCGCCUGCGCCGUCCAGUUGGUGGAUGACGCCCUCUUCGAGCCGGAGGAGACAUUCUGGCUGGAGCUGCGCGAGCCACGCGGCGGCCGGCUCUCCGGGCGUGGCCACCGCGCCGCACGCGUCGCCAUCUUUAGCGACAACGACGACGCGCCGUACUUCUACUUCGGCGAGCCGACGCUAGAUGUCGACGAGAGCGUUGGAGCAGUGUCCGUGACUGUCUACCGAGCUGGAACCGAUCUGACCGGGUCGUCAUCGGUGACCGUGACCUCGCGACCGGGACCACCACCCCGGGCCACCGCCGGCGAGGACUACCGAGGCCUGGGCGUGACGCUCGUGUUCGGGCCGGGCCAGACGGAGGCCUCUCUGAAUCUGACGGUGCUGGACGACGCGGGCCUGGCGCGGCUGGAGGGCCCGGAGCGACUCCAGCUGCUGCUGCGGCUGCCCGUGAACGGCUCGCUCGGGCCGCCCCGCGCGCUCAACAGCACGUUCGGCCGGCCUCACGUGCUCAACGUCACCAUCGAUGACUCCGUCUCCGACCUGCCCGUGCACGAGUUCGCCGAGGCGACGUACGAGGGUCUCGAAGAGGACGACCUGGUGACAGCCUACGUGGUGCGGCGCGGUGACGUCAGCAUGACGUCAUCGGUGCGCUGCUUCACGCGGCAGGGCAGCGCGGCGGCCGGUGCCGACUUCGACGAGCGGCCUGACACCGAUGCCAGCCGCCUGGAGUUCGGGCCAGGCGAGAUCGAGAAGCCGUGUUCGGUGAUCCUGGUGAACGACUACAGCCACGAGCCGCCGGAGACGUUUCGGCUGGUGCUGGGCCUGCCGUCGCUGGAGGCCGGCGCGGCCCGCCUCGGAUCGCGCAACUCCACCGAGGUCACCGUGCGGGACGCUGCCGAUCGGCCGCUGAUCAAGCUGGAGUCGGCCCGGCUGCGCGUGACCGAGCCGCUAGGCCCCGACGAGCCAGCGUCGGUGCGGGUGGCCGUGGUCCGCUUGGGAGACCUCAGCCAGACGGCCGUCACCCGGCUGUACACGCGCGACGGCUCGGCCCGCGCCGGCCUCGACUACCACGGCGUCUCGAAGG